UGCCACUUGUGCCAGCUUUUUUGAAACAUGUUGCAUGCAUUAAAUUCCCUAUGAGCUAAUAUUUGCAAAAAAAAUAACAGUUUCUCAGUUGGAACGUUAAGUAUCUUAUCUUUGCAGUCUAUUCAAAAGGAUUUGCAAAUCAUUGUAUUCUGUUUUUAUUUACCAUUUACACAACAUGCCAACUUCACCCAAAGUGUGCAUCUUUGAUGAAUGUGUGCUUUUUUUUUUCUUUCUCCAAAUGUCCUUUGCGAUACAGGAGGUUUAAAUCGAGUGGGGCCGCCGCUCCCUGCCUUCCUCAGGACUCCCGCCGUCAUCCCCCCGUGCCCCCUGGACAUGAAGCCCUUCCUACCGUUGGCCCUGGAGACGCCGCACCCUGCAACUCUGGGCCUCUUCCGCAACUUUAAUACAAUGGACCCCGUGCAGAAGGCUGUUAUGACGCACACCUUCGGCCCCCCUGUGGUGAGGACAAAGCGGCCCAUCAUCUCCUGCAAUGUCUGCCAAAUCCGCUUCAACUCAGAGAGUCAGGCAGAGGCGCACUACAAGGGGAACCGCCACGCUCGCAGAGUGAAGGGUAUCGAGACGUCCAAGACCCCUCGCCACCAAGAUGGCGACAAGCAGCGCCCGCCCCCGACAACUUCCCCCUCCCUGUCAGGACCGUCACCUUCCAGCCUGGAUACUGAUCCUAGUAAGCAAGAUGACACCCAAUCCUGUCCCAGCUCCGAGUCCCUUUUGACUUUGAGCCACCUAUCCACAUCCACUGUCGGCUCAGCAGACGCAGAGUGUCCUUUCUCGGAAUCUGCGGGCACACCUUUGCCGUCCUCCCCCACCCUCAGCACACCACCUGCAGACUCGGCAGGGGCCGCCCUCUCUGACGCCCCAUCCCCGGCACCCAGCCCCUCCUCUGGAGAGUCAGAAGAGGAGAAAGCUAAAAAGCUUCUCUACUGCUCCUUGUGCAAAGUGGUGGUCAAUUCCCUCUCACAGCUGGAGGCACAUAACAAAGGUACAAAACACAAAACAAUUCUGGAGGCGCGGAGUGGACUGGGGCCUAUUAAAGCUUACCCACGACUUGGUCUGAAAGGCAGUUCUGAGCAGGGAGGGGCUCUGUCUUCUGACCCCAACACUCAGGAACGAACCUUCCACUGUGAGAUCUGCAAUGUCAGAGUCACCUCUGAGCUGCAGCUUAAACAGCAUAUAUCCAGCAGGAGGCAUCGAGAUGGAGUUGCAGGGAAACCAAAUCCCCUGCUCAAUCGCAACAAGAAGCGUGCAGAUUUCAUGGAACUUCCAAAAACCCUAGGGGCGGGACUUUUACCAAAUCCUCUGGCUGUGGCAGCAGUUAUGGCCGCUGCGGCGUCUUCCAACCGGCUGGCACUACGAGCUCCCGGCCCGGCUAGCCACCAUCACCCCCAUCACCACCUCUUACAGGGGGCACCCCUCAGCCUGCUGAGGCCCGCCCCGGGGCCAAUUCGUACUGCGCACGGGCCCAUUCUCUUUGCUCCGUACUGACGGCGGGAGGAUGAGGAGGGGUCGGGAAGAAGCACACUGUGAAGGAGCGAGCCAAAGACACUUUGUGUUCCAUUUAGAGUCGUGUAUAGAGAGAGUAUGGCCAACUCGGUUCCGGAGUUGGUGCCCAGUAGUCAUGUGAGGGGCUUUUGACCAAUCAGUGAGAGUAUGGCCAGACAAUCUCUUAAAUGAUUGGUCAAAAGCGCCUCACGGGACUACAGAGCACCAUGUUUGGGACCAACUCUGGAACCAUGUUGGUCAUACUCUCUAUAGACGGCUCUGGUUCCAUUUUGCUGGUGCAAACUGUAGUUGCAGACGGCUGCUAUGUUAACAGGGAGACUUUUUGUAAAGAGACAUUUUCAUCCUUCCCACUUGCCCUGCAACCUAAAAGAUCCACUAACUACCCGUAGUAGGAGCAGCAAAGAUGAGAAAGUGGGACUUUCAAACAAACUUCUAUUAAGCAUGGACUUAACCGUUGCACCUGGUAAAAAAUCUCAACCUUCUCCGCACCCAAAGCAUCGGUACCAGAAGGAAAAAAAAGAAGCAGCCCCCGAGCUUCUAAUAUAUCGUGGUCUCCUCUGGUGUUAGCUGUUAGCAAUCACUGUGUAAGGAGUCCCCACUUUGUGUGGUCUUUGAAUUUGUGUUGCUGCAACAUGUCUUUGUACUGUAUGUCUAGAUCUUCCCAGCUGGCUUAGGGAGUCUGCAUUUACCUCUACAGGACACAGACUGAGGUUAAGCGAGAAACAGAGCAUACAUUACGUCUUAAAGAUAUUCAACUAAGAGCACCUUAACCACAUGAAGUAUAGUGGUGGGGAAGUACCUGAGUGAAGUACUAUGCAGCUAGCAGUGUUUAAUAUUUGUGGUCUGUCUAGAAUGGGAAGGGGGCGGAGGAAAAGAACAUCAGGAAACUAAGUUUGUGUCUUCAGGUUAUGGUGUAGCUAUCAUUCGGCAGAUAACAACCCACAUUUGAUCACACAGAGCUGUGAGGUUCAAAGUUGGUGAGGCAUUGACUUCCUUUGGCAUUUUUAUAUGGCGCGCUAGUAAUUCAGGUACAAACCCAGCAGGCACAAGACAUCGAAACAACGUUGAGAACCUGUUGAGUAAGGUCCUGACGUUGAGCAACUCAAAAUGAAUGUUGGAACGAUCAAUCAGGGUUGGGUUCUGACCUUGAUUUGACCAUUGAAAUCUGGUCAAUUUCCAGCCAACAACGUGGAUCCAACUUUAGACAUCAACGUUGUAUAAUCAAUGUUGUAUCAAUGUCUUGUGCCUGCUGGGAUGUUGUUUCCAAAUAUUUCUCAAUCGAAUUUUUGGGCGGUUCAUUUGCGUCUUUAUCGCCAAAGCUUUUUUUAGACACUGAAUUUAUGUAACUGAAUGUUUUGUUUUUAAAUGACAGUUUCAGUGACGCAACAUGCGUACGUUUAAAAAUUUCAGAAAUCCACUUUCUGAAAAUUCAAUACACAUAAGUUCAGCAUACUUGCCAACCCUCCCGGAUUUUCCGGGAGACUCCCGAAAUUCAGCGCCUCUCCCGAAAACCUCCCGGGACAAAUUAUCUCCCGAAAAUCUCCCGAAAUUCAGGCGGACUGCCCAAUGACGUUAUAACUGUAGAAUGAUCGCGGGAGAGUUCUUGGUUCCUUAUGUGGGUUUAUUGUUAGGCAGUUUCAUUAACGUCCUCCCAGCGCGGUAACAACACACAACAACAGCAGUCACGUUUUAUUCUACCGUAAAGCAGUUCGUCUGCCGUAAACAGCAAUAAUGUGACACUCUUAAACAGGACAAUACUGCCAUCUAGUGCAUUUGAUGAAAGCACUUUUGUGCGUGCCACACAGCAAUGCAUCACCAGAGGGUGUUCAGCAUGGUUCGAAAAAUAGUGACAGAGAAUAGAACAAGGAUGGACAAUUCAAACCUUAACUCAACAAGUAUAUGUGUAAAUAAAUGAACACUGAAAUUCAAGUAUUUCUUUUAUAUAUAUACACA